GGGGCGAUGAGUUGUGUUGAAAGGCAUCCAGUACAUACAGCCGACCACUCAACAGCGAAAUGGUAGUGCAUUCCAAAGGGCAUUUUGGUUUAAAUAUUGGAAUCUUCCCCUUUCCAUCAAAUCCUUUCUCACUGUUCUGUGGCUCCUAACCCCUCUUCUGGAUUUCAAUCUCUCUCAGCCACAUUCUCAAACACUUUUCCUUCACUUCUUCAUUCACAAUUCUUCUCUCCCUUUCUGUCUCUCUCCCUCUUACUCGUUCUCUUAUCUGCUUUUUUUUUUUUGUGUGUCGCAUUAGAAAAAAAACCAUAUUCUCUUGCAUUUUGGGUGUUUUUAUGGAUUGAUGGAUUGAACUCUUUCACAUAUAAAAUGCCCACCAUGCAACCUUCUAGUGUGACCCAAGAAGCCAGUAGUGUGUUGGAUUUUGAGUCCAAGUUGGGAGCUGUUGCUCUUGAUUCAAGGUUUCACCUCUUGAAUUCUGAUGGGUACGCUUCGUUUCAGUCUAAUUACUUGUACUUCGAUAGGUCUGGGGGUUUGGUUGGUGAGAAGGGGCCCAAGUUGGUAGCGUCUUUGAGUUGGAGUAGUCGAGGUGUGUCGAGGGUGAGGAGGAUUUUCGGUGAGUUCAAUAGGGCUGUUAGGUUUCAUUGUGAGAAAAUCCCAAUUGGGUUCGCUUCGGUUCAUGUUAAUUCUGGGGAUAAUAAUGGGUUGAGAGGAGAUGGGAAUGGUGUUUUGGAGGACGAGGGAUUGGUCUUGAAUGUUGUGGAGGCUGAGAAACCCAAAAAAGUUCUUAUUUUGAUGAGUGAUACUGGUGGUGGUCACCGAGCUUCUGCGGAAGCUAUUAAGGCGGCAUUCAAUGAAGAAUUCGGGGAGGAGUAUCAGGUGUUUGUUACUGACUUAUGGUCAGAUCACACCCCUUGGCCAUUUAAUCAAUUGCCCAGGAGCUAUAACUUCUUGGUGAAACAUGGCCCCCUGUGGAAAAUGACCUAUUAUGGAACUGCUCCACGUUUGGUGCAUCAAUCAAAUUUUGCUGCAACUACUACAUUUAUAGCUCGAGAGGUUGCCAAAGGACUUAUGAAAUACCAACCCGACAUUAUUAUUAGCGUACAUCCUCUGAUGCAACAUGUUCCACUCCGUAUUUUGAGGGCAAAGGGCCUUUUGAAAAAGAUUGUCUUCACAACAGUAGUUACAGAUUUAAGCACUUGCCAUCCUACAUGGUUUCACAAGCUUGUAACAAGAUGCUAUUGCCCAACAACUGAUGUUGCAAAAAGGGCAUUGAAAGCUGGGCUCCAGUCUUCACAGAUUAAGGUUUAUGGCCUUCCCGUCCGACCAUCCUUUGUUAAGCCUGUCCGACCUAAGGAUGAAUUGAGAAAGGAACUUGGAAUGGAUGAGGAUCUUCCUGCAGUAUUACUUAUGGGAGGAGGAGAAGGGAUGGGCCCCAUUGAGGCUACUGCUCGUGCCCUUGGAAAUGCAUUAUACAAUGAAGAUCUUGGGGAGCCAAUAGGUCAGGUCCUUGUGAUAUGUGGCCGCAAUAAAAAGCUAGCUGACAAAUUACGCUCAAUUCCUUGGAAAAUUCCUGUCCAGGUGAAGGGGUUUGUCACUAAGAUGGAGGAAUGCAUGGGGGCCUGUGAUUGCAUUAUUACAAAGGCGGGCCCAGGAACUAUUGCAGAAGCCAUGAUACGAGGACUUCCUAUAAUUCUCAAUGAUUAUAUUGCUGGACAGGAAGUUGGAAAUGUGCCAUACGUGGUGGAAAAUGGGUGUGGGAAAUUUUCAAAGUCGCCAAAGGAGAUAGCAAAGAUCGUGGGGGAGUGGUUUGGUCCAAAAGCAGAGGAGCUUGCAGUCAUGUCACAGAAUGCACUGAAGCUGGCAAGACCAGAUGCUGUGUUUAAGAUAGUUCAUGAUCUGCAUGAGCUGGUUAGGCAGAGAAGUUUUGUAGCCCAGUACUCUUGUACAACUUGACUUUUGUGUGUAGCCCUCCUUCCAUUCAAAUUUUGUUUCUCAACUCCCCUCUUGUAAUGAAUAACUGGGCAACAUUCAUGUAGUUUGUCUGCCUUUUAUCAAUGUCUGAAUAAAAGAAAUUUUGUAUUUCUAGCU